GUUUUGAACUUUGAAUCAAAUAUUUUUUAGAUAUUCUCCAACAUCGUCUUGUUAGGGGCCUUAAUAUGUCUAAAUAAGACCUCGCGUAAGAUAAAUUUCAUUAAGAGACACAAUAUGGAUGAAGCAGAUGAGGAAAGGCAGACUCUUGUGACACAGUGGUACAAGGACUUGAAAACAGGGACAGAUUUUGAUGGAUGGGGUCAACCUGUAGAGGCAAUAGAAGGAUAUCAGAGGUUGGCCAAGACUCUACAGCAGGAACACGAUUGUGACGAUGAUCUCUUCUCAGAUGAACAAAAAAAAAUCCUUGGUAAAAUAGCGGCAUGUUUGAAACUACGAAGUAUCGUUCUACAGAAACCAGGUCAAGUCGAAGGGAUAAGUCUAGAAGAUUUAAAAAGAAUUGAACCACGUUUAAAGAGUAUCCUCUCAGCUGGUAGUAAGGAAUUCCCAGUAGAUGUAACAGCAGCCCAAGUAAAGACUAAACAAACCACAGGGCAAGAUGAAUUAGACGAUGGUGCUACUCAAGAUGAGGAUAAUGAAGAGACAGCAGCUAACAAUAAAGCUCGUGGUACUCUACUGCCCAUCCCAGAUCCUGUACAGGGUAAAACUCUGUGUAGUAUACGUAUUGAGAAAAUAGGCCUCAAGGAUGCCACGCAAUACCUGGACACUUUCAUGUCAGUCUCGGUCAAAGACCUGAACUGUGUUAACCUGACAGUGUCACAAGACACCCCUAUUACCACUAGGAAGGAGGAUAUGUAUAUACACUUUGGUGUGGACGUGCACAUACAGAAACCACUGGAGUUUUUACCACAGGGCUAUGCAAUAUUCUUUGAGUUAAAACACUACAAACCAAAGAAGAAAAUGAUAAGCACCAAGUGCUGGGCCAUGCUAGAGAAGGAUGAGGUGAAGGAAGGUCCUGCCGUCAUAGAACUGUACAAGAAACCAACAGAUUUCCGACGGAAGAAUAUUCAUUUACUGACUGUUAAACCUUUAUAUUUACACCUAAAAAUAGUACUGAACUGAUGAAUAUUUUGUAUCCUUUAACCUUUAUAUUAUUUCACAAAUAUGACCACCAGUGUAUUACCAUAUUUGGGUUUACAGUCCUGUGGGCCAGACUGGUAUAUCACUAAUUAUAAAAACAUGAUACUAAUCUACUGAAGUACAUGUACAUCAAAAAAUGACAGUAGGAAAGUUUCACUAUACACCCUAACAAUACACCAGCAAUUUUUGCUUUGACACUUAU